AGGAAUAAUUCAUGAAACAUCAUUUCCCAGAAACCAGUACUGGUAUAUAAUUUUAUGAGGGGCUACAGACCUUCACGCGGAGACGAGCGCUCAUGUAGCGAACGAACGGAAGACAAGGUGAUUGGAUUGAGCUGUCAAAAAAAUCGGACUCUACUCGCGGACUGAAUCUCCGUGCUAUGGAUUAGUUGAAAGCGGUAUAUCACUGCCAUGCUCUCCCGUUGACCCAGCCUCGCGCGUCGCUCUCAACCUCUUACCACAGCGAAGGUGUGGCCCUGUGUGUGUGAGACAUGUCGGAUAAGAUGUCCAGUUUCCUACACAUCGGGGACAUCUGCUCCCUGUAUGCAGAGGGCUCCACCAACGGCUUUAUCAGCACUCUGGGGCUGGUAGAUGACCGCUGUGUGGUACAGCCCGACACAGGGGACCUUAACAACCCCCCAAAAAAGUUCCGAGACUGUCUGUUCAGGUUGUGUCCAAUGAAUCGGUACUCUGCUCAGAAACAGUUCUGGAAGGCAGCGAAACCUGGAGGAAACAGCACCACUGACACGGUCCUCCUUAACAAACUCCAUCAUGCAGCGGAUUUGGAAAAGAAGCAAAACGAUUCGGAAAAUAAAAAGUUGCUUGGAACGGUGAUUCAGUAUGGGAACGUCAUUCAGCUCCUUCAUUUGAAGAGUAACAAGUACUUGACUGUGAACAAGCGUCUGCCAGCGCUGCUGGAGAAGAACGCCAUGAGAGUGAUGCUGGACACGGCCGGGAACGAAGGCUCCUGGUUCUACAUUCAACCCUUCUACAAGUUGCGCUCCAUAGGAGACAGUGUGGUGAUAGGGGACAAAGUGGUCCUGAACCCAGUGAAUGCUGGCCAGCCCCUACAUGCCAGCACCCAUCAGCUUGUGGACAACCCAGGAUGUAACGAGGUGAACUCGGUCAACUGUAACACCAGCUGGAAGAUCGUGCUGUUCAUGAAAUGGAGUGACAAUCAGGAGAUCAUUCUAAAAGGGGGCGACGUGGUGCGCCUGUUCCAUGCGGAACAGGAGAAGUUCCUCACCUGUGACGACCACCGUAAAAAACAAUAUGUCUUCCUGCGUACCACCGGACGCCAGUCGGCUACCUCUGCAACCAGCAGCAAAGCCUUAUGGGAGGUGGAGGUGGUGCAGCAUGAUCCAUGUCGAGGCGGAGCUGGCUACUGGAACAGUCUGUUCAGGUUCAAACACCUGGCCACUGGACACUACCUGGCUGCAGAGGUGAACCCUGACUAUGAGGAGGAGUGCCUGGAGUUCCGCUCCUCACUGGACUCUGAGCAGGUCGACCUCCGCGCCCGCCUCAGGAACCCCCAGGAGAAGGUCAUGUAUACCCUGGUGUCUGUCCCUGAAGGCAAUGACAUCUCCUCCAUUUUUGAGCUGGACCCUACCACUUUGAGAGGGGGGGACUCCCUGGUGCCCAGGAACUCGUAUGUGAGGCUCAGACACUUGUGCACCAACACAUGGGUCCACAGCACUAACCACCCCAUCGACAAGGAAGAGGAGAAACCGGUCAUGUUACGUAUCGGCACAUCAGCACUGAAAGAAGACAAAGAGGCGUUUGCCAUUGUACCCGUCUCGCCCGCUGAAGUCAGAGAUCUUGACUUUGCGAAUGAUGCCAGUAAAGUGUUGGCGUCCAUCGCAGGCAAACUGGAGAAGGGCACCAUCACUCAGAACGAGAGGAGGGCAGUGACCAAGCUUCUGGAGGACCUGGUGUUCUUCGUGGUGGACAUCCCCAAUAAUGGCCAAGAUGUUUUGGAAAUCAUGGUCAACAAGCCCAACCGAGAGAGACAGAAACUCAUGAGGGAACAGAAUAUCCUCAAACAGAUCUUCAAGCUACUGCAGGCUCCAUUCACAGACAGUGGGGAUGGGCCCAUGCUGCGAUUAGAGGAGCUGGCUGACCAGCGCCACGCCCCCUUCAGGCACAUCUGCCGCCUGUGUUACCGUGUGUUACGCCACUCCCAACAGGACUACCGCAAGAACCAGGAGUAUAUAGCCAAGCAGUUCCGCUUCAUGCAGAAGCAGAUAGGUUAUGAUGUUCUGGCUGAGGACACGAUCACAGCUCUGCUCCACAACAACCGCAAGCUGCUGGAGAAACACAUCACCGCUGCAGAGAUAGACACCUUUGUCAGCCUCGUCAGGAAGAACCGGGAGCCCAGGUUCCUGGACUAUCUGUCAGACCUGUGUGUGUCUAUGAACAAAUCCAUCCCGGUGACACAGGAGCUCAUCUGUAACGCAGUCCUGGACCCCAUCAACGGAGACAUCCUUAUAGAGACCAAACUGGUGCUAUCCAGGUUUGAGAUCGAGGGAGCGUCCAUCGGGGAGAAUUCAGUGGAGUCUGAGGAGGACGAGGAGGAGGUGUGGUUGUUCUGGAAGGACCGUAGUAAGGAGAUCAGAAGUAAGAGCAUCAGAGAGCUGGCCCAAGACGCCAAGGAGGGCGCCAAGGAGGACCAAGAGGUGGUCAGCUACUACAGGUACCAGCUGAACCUGUUUGCGAGGAUGUGUCUGGACCGUCAGUAUCUGGCCAUCAAUAAGAUCUCUGGCCAGUUGGACGUGGAUCUGAUCCUGCGCUGCAUGUCUGAUGAGGAUCUGCCUUAUGACCUGCGCGCCUCCUUCUGCCGCAUGAUGCUGCACAUGCACGUGGACCGUGACCCCCAGGAACAGGUCACGCCCGUCAAGUACGCCCGCCUCUGGUCCGAGAUCCCCUCCGAGAUCGCCAUUGACGACUAUGACAAUGACGGGACGUCCAAGGAUGAGAUCAAGGAGUGUUUUGCCCUGACCAUGGAGUUUGUCGAGAACUAUCUUAGAGACGUGGUGUGUCAGAGCUUCCCAUUCGCCGACAAGGAGAAGAACAAACUCACCUUCGAGGUAGUGAAUCUAUCUAGGAACCUCAUCUACUUUGGCUUCUACAACUUCAGUGACUUGCUGAGGCUGACCAAGAUCCUGCUGGCCAUCCUGGACUGUGUCCACGUCAGCACCAUUUUCCCCAUCAACAAGCUGGAAAAGGGAGACGAGACUAAAGGCAGUAACGUGAUGCGCUCCAUCCACGGGGUGGGGGAGCUGAUGACUCAGGUGGUGCUCAGAGGAGGGGGGUUCCUGCCCACCACCCCCAUCAACCCACCCGACGGGGACCAGGUCAAGACCCAGACAGAGCCAGAGAAACAGGACAUCCUGGUCAUGGACACCAAGCUCAAGAUCAUAGAGAUACUACAGUUCAUUCUGAAUGUGCGUCUGGACUACCGGAUCUCCUGUUUGCUGUGUAUCUUUAAGAGGGAGUUUGAUGAGAGCAACUCCCAGUCAGAUCUGUCUAUAGCAGGAACCCAUGAGGGACCAAACAACAUGCCAGGAGCUCUGGACUUUGAGCACAUAGAGGAGCAGGCAGAAGGGAUAUUUGGUGGAAGUGAGGAGAACACCCCGUUAGACCUGGAUGACCACGGUGGUAGGACCUUCCUGAGGGUCCUUCUCCACCUGACCAUGCACGAUUACCCUCCCCUGGUGUCCCGAGCCCUCCACCUGCUCUUCAGACACUUCAGUCAGAGACAGGAGGUCCUACAGGCCUUCAAACAGGUCCAGUUGCUGGUGACCAGUAAGGAUGUAGAGAACUACAAGCAGAUCAAGUCAGACCUGGACCAGCUACGCUCCAUUGUGGAGAAGUCUGAGCUGUGGGUCUACAAGAGACAGGGGCCAGAUGAGGGCAUGGACGCUGGGGAGGGCUCUGCAGAGUCUCAACACAAGAAGGGUGACUCCAACUCGGGUGGCUCAGACAAGCCAAGGAAACCAGAGAGCACCAGGAGCUACAACUACAGAGUGGUGAAGGAGAUUCUGCUGCGUCUCAGCAGGCUAUGUGUUCAGGAGGGUCUGUCAGGCAGGAAGAGUAAGAAGCAGCAGCAGAGACUCCUCAGGAACAUGGGAGCUCACACCGUGGUGCUGGAGCUACUACAGAUCCCCUACGAGAAGGGGGAGGACGUGCGUAUGCAGGAGAUCAUGAAGCUGGCCCACCAAUUCCUGCAGAACUUCUGUGCAGGGAAUCAGCAGAACCAGGCUCUGCUCCACAAACACAUCAACUUGUUCCUCAAUCCAGGGAUCCUAGAGGCUGUCACCAUGCAACAUAUCUUCAUGAAUAACUUCCAGCUGUGCAGUGAGAUCAACGAGCGUGUGGUACAGCACUUUGUCCACUGCAUCGAGACGCACGGCCGCAACGUCCAGUACCUCAAGUUCUUGCAGACCAUCGUCAAGGCCGAGAGCAAGUUCAUCAAAAAGUGUCAAGACAUCGUCAUGGCUGAGCUGGUGAAUGCUGGCGAGGACGUGCUGGUGUUCUACAACGACCGUGCGUCCUUCCAGACCCUGGUCACGAUGAUGCGGUCGGAGCGAGACCGUAUGGAUCAGAACAGUCCUCUGAUGUACCACAUCCACCUGGUCGAGCUGCUGGCUGUCUGCACUGAGGGAAAGAAUGUCUACACUGAGAUCAAAUGUAACUCUCUGCUGCCUCUGGAUGACAUAGUGAGGGUGGUCACCCAUGAGGACUGUAUCCCUGAGGUGAAGAUAGCCUACAUCAACUUCCUGAACCACUGCUACGUGGACACGGAGGUGGAGAUGAAGGAGAUCUACACCAGCAACCACAUGUGGAAGCUCUUUGAGAACUUCCUGGUGGACAUCUGCAGGGUGUCCAACAACACGAGUGACCGCAAACAUGCCGACACGGUCUUGGAGAGCUAUGUGACCGAGACAGUCAUGAGCAUCGUGACCACCUUCUUCAGCUCACCCUUCUCCGACCAGAGCACCAGCCUGCAGACCAGGCAGCCAGUGUUUGUACAGCAGUUACAGGCAGUGUUCAGAGUGUACCACUGUAACUGGUUGGUCCCAGUCCAGAAGGGUUCAGUGGAGAGCUGUAUCAAGGUGCUGUCUGACGUGGCUAAAGGGCGAGCCAUAGCCAUCCCAGUGGAUCUGGACGGCCAGGUGAACAACCUGUUUGUGAAGUCCAACAACAUCGUUCAGAAGACAGCCAUGUCCUGGAGAAUGUCUGCCCGUAACGCUGCACGCAGAGACUCAGUACUGACCACCUCCCGAGACUACAGGAACAUCAUCGAGAGACUUCAGGACAUAGUGUCAGCUCUAGAAGACCGCCUGCGUCCGUUGGUCCAGGCUGAGCUGUCUGUCCUAGUGGAUGUACUGCAUCGGCCUGAGCUACUCUUCCCUGAGAACACUGACUCCCGCAGGAAGUGUGAGAGUGGCGGCUUCAUCUGCAAGCUGAUCAAACACACCAAGCAGCUUCUGGAGGAGAAUGAAGAGAGGCUGUGUAUCAAGGUCCUGCAGACCCUCCGAGAGAUGAUGACCAAAGACAGAGGAUAUGGAGAGAAGCUCAGGGCCUUUGAUGAUGAGAUGGAUAUGCCUGAGCAGCUGGAUCUCAACCAGCCACAGAAAAUACUGGAUGACCAGAGGAGGGGUGAGGCGUUGAGGCAGAUUCUGGUGAACCGUUACUAUGGCAACUUCCAUAGUAGGAGUGGUGGGCGGAGGGACAGCCUGACUGCCUUCAGCAACGGAACCCUGGUUCCAGUAGGGCCCAGCAAGAGCCAAUCAGGUCUAGGUGGUCCGGGAGCCCUGAGUCGAGGGGAGAUGAGCCUGGCAGAGGUGCAGUGUCACCUGGACAAGGAGGGCGCCUCCGACCUGGUCAUCGACCUCAUCAUGAACACCACCAGUGACCGUGUCUUUCAGGAGAGCAUCCUAUUGGCCAUCGCCUUGCUGGAGGGUGGGAACACCACCAUCCAACGUUCCUUCUUCUGCCGUCUGACGGAGGACAAGAAGUCUGAGAAGUUUUUCCGGGUAUUCUACGACCGGAUGAAGCUGGCCCAGCUGGAGAUCAAAGCCACUGUGACAGUCAACACCAGCGACCUCGGCAACAGAAAGAGGGACGACGACGCCCCCGACAAGGAAGUGCCCAUCCGCAAGAAAGCCAAAGACUCAGCGGUGGUGGUGACAGAGGAAGCGAGAGAGCAGCUGCUGGAGGCAUCGUCGGCCACUAAGAAAGCCUUCAACUCGUACCGCCGUGAGGCUGACCCAGAGGACCACUUCUCGGCGGCAGACGGCACGCCCAGCACCGGGGACAAGAGCCAGGAAGAUGGAGAGAUGAGCUUCAUCAUUGUCAUCAUGCAGCCUAUCCUGCGCUUCCUCCAGCUGCUCUGUGAGAACCACAACCGAGACCUGCAGAACUUUCUGCGGUGUCAGAACAAUAAGAACAACUAUAAUCUGGUGUGUGAGACACUGCAGUUCCUGGACUGUAUCUGUGGCAGCACCACAGGAGGCCUGGGUCUACUGGGCCUCUACAUCAAUGAGAAGAACGUGGCUCUCAUCAAUCAGACAGUGGAGAGCCUGACCGAGUACUGCCAAGGACCCUGCCACGAGAACCAGAACUGCAUCGCCACCCAUGAGUCCAAUGGCAUUGACAUCAUCAUCGCCCUGAUCCUGAAUGACAUCAACCCACUGGGGAAGAAGAGGAUGGACCUGGUGCUGGAACUCAAGAACAAUGCCUCUAAAUUGUUGUUGGCUAUCAUGGAGAGUCGCCAUGACAGUGAGAAUGCUGAGAGAAUCCUGUACAACAUGAGACCUAAGGAGCUGGUGGAUGUGAUCAAGAAGGCCUACCUGCAGGGAGAGGUGGAGUUUGAGGAUCCCGAAGAGGAUGACGACAGCGGGGAGGAGGAGGAGCAUGAUGCUGCCUCCCCCAGGAACGUGGGCCACAACAUCUACAUCUUGGCCCACCAGUUGGCACGCCACAACAAGGAGCUGCAGGUGAUGCUGAAACCAGGAGGGACCAACGGAGAGGGAGACGAGGCUCUGGAGUUCUACGCCAAACACACUGCUCAGAUAGAGAUUGUGCGUCAUGACCGAACCAUGGAGGAGAUAGUGUUCCCUGUGCCCAACAUCUGUGAGUUCCUGACCUGUGAGUCCAAACUGAGGGUGUACUACACCACUGAGAGGGACGAGCAGGGCAGCAAGAUCAAUGACUUCUUCCUUAGCGCAGAGGACCUCUUCAAUGAGAUGAACUGGCAGAAGAAACUAAGAGCCCAGCCCGUGUUGUACUGGUGUUCCAGAAACAUGUCAUUCUGGAGUAACAUCUCCUUCAACCUGGCCGUCCUCAUGAACCUCCUGGUGGCCUUCUUCUACCCCCUGGAGGGUUUGCGUGAAGGUACCCUGGAGCCCCACCUGUCUGCCCUGCUCUGGGUGGGCAUGUUGGCAUUGUUGGCCAUCGUGGUGGCCAUGCCCCAGCCCCUGGGGGUCCGAACCCUCAUCAUCGCCACCAUCAUCCGCCUCAUCUUCUCCGUGGGCCUGCAGCCCACCCUGUUUCUGCUGGGAGCAUUCAACGUGUGUAAUAAGACCAUCUUCCUGAUGAGUUUUGUGGGGAACAGAGGGACGUUCACACGGGGCUACAAGGCCAUGAUCCUGGACGUUGAGUUCCUCUACCACCUCAUGUACCUCAUCAUCUGUAGCCUGGGGGUCUUCGUCCAUGUCUUCUUCUACAGCCUACUGCUCUUUGACCUGGUGUACAGGGAGGAGACUCUACUGAACGUGAUAAAGAGUGUGACCCGUAACGGUCGCUCCAUCGUAUUGACAGCAGUGCUGGCCCUCAUCCUGGUCUACCUGUUCUCCAUCGUGGGGUACAUCUUCUUCAAGGAUGACUUCAUCCUGGAGGUGGAUCGCAUCCCCAACACCACCCUGGAGAACGGAGCCAGUUUGGCCAAUGAGAUGGUGUCUGCUGGGAUGUGUCGGUCUGAGAAUGGAGAGAACAACUGCACCACAGAGCUCCAAGUGGAAGACUUUGUGGAGGACAGGGAGGAUGGCAAGGAGCGUACGUGUGACUCUCUGCUCAUGUGUAUCGUCACUGUGCUGAGCCAUGGCCUGAGGAGUGGAGGGGGGGUUGGAGAUGUCCUGAGAAAGCCCUCCAAAGAGGAGCCUCUCUUUGCGGCCAGGGUGAUUUACGACCUGCUCUUCUUCUUCAUGGUCAUCAUCAUUGUCCUCAACCUCAUCUUUGGAGUCAUCAUCGAUACCUUUGCAGACCUGAGGAGUGAGAAACAGAAGAAGGAAGAGGUCUUGAAGACCACCUGCUUCAUCUGUGGUCUGGAGAGAGACAAGUUUGACAACAAGACGGUGACAUUUGAGGAGCACAUCAAGGAGGAGCACAACAUGUGGCACUACCUGUUCUUCAUAGUGCUGGUCAAGGUGAAGGACUCCACAGAGUACACCGGCCCCGAGAGCUACGUCGCAGAGAUGAUCAAGGAGCACAACCUGGACUGGUUCCCGCGGAUGCGUGCAAUGUCGCUGGUGAGCAGUGAUGCGGAGGGCGAGCAGAACGAGAUCAGGAACCUGCAGGAGAAGCUGGAGUCGGCCAUGAGGCUGGUGUGUAACCUGUCUGGACAGCUCACGGAACUCAAGGAGCAGAUGACAGAACAGAGGAAACAGAAGCAGAGGAUUGGGCUCCUGGGCCACCCCCCUCACAUGAACGUUAACCCCCAGCAGCCAGCCUGAGGAGGACCGUUGUGGAAACAACCACCACCCACCACCUCCCAGGAACCUAACCCUAACCCAGGACCACUCACACAAAGGAGAGGCCGACCUUAGUGUCUAAGAACUUAUUUUUCUGACAAUCUACGAAGGGUACAGGAGUAUGCCAAAGUUUAUAUGUACAGUAGUAGUGUCCCUGACACUACUAUGGGCUUUAUGUGUAUGAAGGGAUUUAUGUGUGAAUGUGUGCAGAAUGCCUUAAAGCGCCAAUCUGCAGUUUAAACAAUAUCAAAGCUGCUACCCCGACUCUGUUUUGGUAAAAAGCUGAGGGAUACAUGUGGUAAAGAGGUCAAUCAAGCUUGACCAAAACAAUAGAAAUGCCACUGAAACGCGUGGAGGAAAGAUCCCAAAUCCCCUCAUUGCCUCAAUCAAAAUUAGUCUACAUUUAAGCUAUUGUUUAUAUGUGUAUUUCACACUAUAUUUAGGUACAAAUCGGAGUAUAAUGCUUGUAUGGCUGUCAACUAAUAUAUCCAAGUGGCACUUUAGUAAGCACAUUGUGGGCCUGUUACAAUACAUAAAUCAUGACGGAUUUGACAAAUAUCCACUUUGCUAGAUCAGAUUGAUUGAUUGGAUUUGCGCCAAUCCAGCAUCCUCCUUCUAUCCCCCACCAUCUGCAUUCCAUUGACCUCUUUACUGCAGCUAUGGGCCUGGAGAAAUGUAACCUCUCUUAAAUUCAUAGACAGAAAUAUGGAUUCAAGGACUGACCAUCCAUGAUAUCAAAUGUAUAGUUUUAACCAUGUUUUGAGGCUAUACAGUGUUUGUUUACAUUUACAUUGUUUACAAACAUUGGAGUAAAAACAAACUGAUAUUUUGGGUUCUGAUGGGGUACGAACUAAGCUCAUGAGGUAUAUUUAUAAGUCAUAUUCUUCAAAAAUCAAUGGGUUUAUAUCAUUAAUAUAGGAGUCCAAAAAUGGAUGUAGCAACUGCAGAUUUCCCCUUUAAUCAACACUAAGUUAUGAAGUUAGUACACAUUAGGAGAUGGGGUGUAUGCAUGUAAUGUACUGAGUAUGUACUGUGCAUAGUGCACAUGAGUUUGAGUGGGUGGAUGGGGAAUAUAUGGGGUGUGCCAGAGUGCCCUUGAACUUAAGAAGAAGGAACCAGUUAUGUAAGUUUAGGUCGUAAAAAGUACUAAAGUGAAUAUGCCUUAGGUUGUCAUACUAACCUUUAAUGCCUUGUCCAUCUUCCUCACCACUUGGAAUGGGUGACAACGGUUCUGCUCUCCCAUGGCCUUGAUGUAUUUGGUGAAUUUGAAGUCUCAGACAAUUGCACAAUAGGACUCAUGAGAGCACUGGGACACUUGUGUGUUGAAGGAUGCUUUCCUGUUGUUUUGUGUUUGAAACCUGGUGGGCAAACAAUAAUUAAUAUCUUAUUUUUGUACGAGGUGCAAUAUGAAUACUUUACAAUAUGCAACCACACAUUUGUUUUAUGUGUACAUAAUGUCUGAGGGAGAUGGAAUUAUUAUAAUUUUUAUAUAUAUAAUAAUGGUGGAAUAGAGUUGUGAUCACCUUUAUGAUUUUUUUUUUCUCAAUAUAUUUAGACCAAUGUUGUCCCACAAAUGAGACAAUUAUAUAUGUUUGUCAAAAGACAACUCAACCCAAAAUCCAUUUGCACAGCAUGGGUAUUUUGCUAAAGCCAGGAGUGUUGGCUUUCAAACACUUUUAUAUGAGUUUGUGUGCAUAUAUACUAUAUAUGUUUAAAUGUUCUUAUAUUCGGACUUGAAGGUAUCUGAACAUUCCAGGAAGCUUUAAGAAUGAGGCGUUUGUUUGAGGUUAUGUAUUUGUGAUGUCUUGUCCUCAGGCUCCUGAAGUGUAUUUGCCUGUUUGUACUGUGUGUAUGUCCCCUGUAGAUGGUUCUUGUGAGCACUGGUAUGUACUUGAGCACUAUGAGGGGGGUGUACACCCAUGUAGCAGUUGAUGAGGAAAGCCAAGAAAGAGUCAUACUGAAGACGUCACCACAUGUAAAAGUGUUGGUAUUGCUUACGUCAUACAUUGGGAGCACACUAAACAACCUAGUGAGAAUGUUUUUUUCUCCUUGUUGGCACUGAAUGACAUUCUGACAGUCUUAUAUUUUCAUCAAUUUCUACUAUCAAUUCAGUGCUGAUUUUUGUUAUUAUCGCUAGUUUCUUAAGUCUACUUGUCACUUUGUUUUGUGAAGGGCCUUCCGUGAAGAGAGGUGUCCUGGUUUGAUUGCAGUGUUCAUGUAAAGAAAACAGAGUACUAAUAUAAAAGAUUUUGAGUGCUGUUUGACCAAAGUCUCAUUUAAGCCUUUAAUACUACUAUAUAAAACAAGCUGUCUAAAAUGUACAUUACAUUCUUUAAAAGUCUAUUUAAUAAAGAUGU